AUGAGGUUAGUCAGGUGGGCCAGCGAAAGAAAGAGACAGCAUUUUCUCGGUGCAUUUACAAUGGAUCAGGUCGCGAUGCAUAGCAAGAGCGAUGACUGCUGGAUGGUGCUGGAUGGGAUUGUGUAUGAUGUUACGGAGUUUAUUGCAAUGCAUCCUGGAGGAGCAAAAACAAUUAUGGAAUAUGCAGGGAUAGACUGCACACAGGCAUUCAACAAGGCACAUGGAUAUGUAAACAUAAAAGAGCUGCUUGGAAACGACAUUGUUGGAGUAUUGGUUGCGCAUAAAGAUUGA